AGAAGAUCUCCGUUCGAAAAGCCCGUGUCCGUUGAAGUGAUUUUUUACGAUGGAGGACGGACAAACAACGGCAACAAGCGUCGCUCUUCGGCCCCAUCCAUGCUGUUUGUGCGGAGGGACAUGUCUGGAGACGUCUACCUGCUUAAGCGAAACCGUAGCCGAAAGGAUAUUGCUGUGCACCGGUGUGAAGUUAAGGAAUCCAGAUGUAGAAUCUGUGCUCUGCGCUGCCUGCAUAUCGCAGCUUGCUAGCUGUGAACGUUUCAUAGAGCGUUGCCGGGUAGCUGAAAGCCGGUUGCUUGAGCUGUAUGAGCAGAAUAAAGUUGCAGAACGGCAGCCGAUCAAAUUGGUUCUGGAUAAUGCAACAGAACAGCAGCCUACGGCAGGGGAUGCUGUGGAUGAAGCGUUGGAUUUGGAUGAACCUACGGAACUGGGACUAACAGAGGUAGAUACCCAGCGUGCCAGGAAUGCAAAAUGCAGUCGCAAAUCUAGUAUACCAAAGAGCCAGUGCCAAAUCUGUGGUGCGAUGCAACAAAACCUAAAGCAGCAUAUGAUGGUGCACACGGGCGAACGGGCUCACGUGUGUCCGUACUGCCAGAAGGCAUUCUCUCAGAAGGGCAACCUGAAUCAUCACAUUAACCAGCAUACCGGCCACCGACCGUAUGCCUGCGAUCAAUGCGACAAGUCGUACCCGGAUCCGCAAUCGCUACGCUCGCACAAGCUCCUGCACAGCAUGGAACGACCGUAUUCGUGCGAUGUUUGCCAUGCUACGUUCAAGUACAAACACUCACUGACCAUGCACGCAAGGCGACACACCGAGGAAAAGCCAUUCAGUUGCCAAGAGUGCAACAGGACGUUCAUUACGAGCUCCGCACUGAAGAAACAUACCCGGCGGCACAGCCAGGAACGGACGCACCGGUGCGAGGAAUGCACCAAGACGUUCAAGUCCUCUAGCAAUCUCCGCGUGCACCGGCUUUCGCACACGAAGCAACCACGCUUCCAGUGUAGCCUCUGCGACAGUUGGUUCAGCUACAAGAGUGUCCUCAAAACGCACAUGAAUGUGCACACCCGGACGCAAGGAAAGGGUUGCAAGGUGGCCAAUAAAUGUCCAAAACUGUGACGUGCCCUAGU